AUGUCAAUCAUGCCAGUCAAGAACGCCUUGGCACAAGGAAGGACGCUCCUCAUGGGGAGGAUGCCUGCUGUGAAGUUCUCCACAAGGAUGCAAUUAAGAAACAAAACCGCUGUGCUAUGGAAUAGAAGGUUUUCCACACGUCUUUUCGUUCACCAACGACGUAGUUCCGGUGAAAUUGUGGAUCGUGCUAAGGCAGCUGCCGCAAACAGUGGGAAGAAACAAGUUUCUAUGAAAUGGGUUGUACUUACUAGUUUCACCAUUGUCCUCGGGACCAUCCUGUUGGUCUCAAGGAACGAUAAAACAGAUGAAGAGGAUGACACAAAAAGUAAGAAGGGAACAAGAACAAGAAAAAUCAAAAUAUUUAACAAUAACUGGCUUUUCUUCUGCUAUUCUACUUUACCCUUGAAUGCAAUGUCUCGGCUAUGGGGCCAAGUGAAUUCUCUCACUCUACCCAUCUGGGUUAGGCCAUGGGGUUACCGGUUAUAUUCUUUUCUAUUCGGGGUUAAUCUGGACGAAAUGGAAGAUCCUGAUUUAACACACUACGCAAACUUAUCUGAAUUCUUUUACCGUAAUAUAAAGCCAGAUACGCGUCCGGUAGCACAAGGCGAAAACGUCAUUUCCUCUCCAAGUGAUGGGAAGAUUUUACAAGUUGGUAUAAUCAACUCUGAAACGGGUGAGAUUGAACAGGUUAAAGGUAUGACAUACUCAAUCAAGGAAUUCCUCGGCACUCAUUCCCACCCUUUGAUGUCGAAAAGUGAAUCUAGCUUGGAUUUGACUUCCGAUGAAGAAAAGCAUAAAGAAUUUGCCAGAAUAAACAACUUUCAAUUAGCGGGCGCAGGGGAUACGGAACAACCUCUCAUCACAAUUAAAAAUGAAGGUGACCAAUCUGUUGAAGAGUUUAAACCAAGCGUUUCCAAAAAUAUACAUCUUUUAAGCCAACUUUCUCUGAGCUACUUCUCUAACGGAUUUUCGUGCUCAGAACCUCAUGAUACGGAACUAUUUUUUGCCGUUAUAUAUUUGGCCCCCGGUGAUUACCAUCAUUUCCACUCCCCAAUUGACUGGGUCUGUAAAGUUCGCCGUCAUUUCCCAGGUGAUUUAUUUUCUGUAGCACCUUACUUCCAACGUAACUUCCCUAAUCUUUUCAUUCUAAACGAAAGAGUUGCUCUAUUGGGUGGUUGGAAAUAUGGAUUUUUCAGUAUGACGCCUGUUGGUGCUACAAAUGUUGGUUCCAUUAAACUGAAUUUUGAUCAAGAAUUUGUAACAAAUUCUAAAAGCGAUAAACAUUUAGAACCACAUACUUGCUAUCAAGCAAUCUAUGAAAAUGCAAGUAAAAUAUUAGGGGGUAUGCCUUUGGUCAAAGGUGAAGAAAUGGGGGGCUUCGAAUUGGGCAGUACCGUCGUUCUAUGCUUCGAGGCACCAACUGAAUUCAAAUUCAAGGUUAAUGUUGGUGAUAAGGUUAAAAUGGGACAGGAGUUAGGCAUUAUUGAAAAUAAAGAUUCAAAAUAA